GCCCUUUGCGUAGCUAACUUUUCGAUAUGCCGUAGCAUCUUCACGCUUCCGCAACCCCUGCGUUCAAUCUAUGGCUGCCGAUACCUCUACGGUGGUUCCCUCCACACUGCGCACCUUCUGCCCCGAUGGAACGACCGGUGUCUACGCAUAUUACGAUGGGCGCACAUGCCCGUGGCACGCGUCAAAUUACUACGACGAGACGCUCGCCUUGGGCGUGGCAACAUACAGUAUCAUCAGUGGAAAUAGCGCUGUCCUAUUCGAUGCUGGUCUAACGCCUGCGCACGCAGCACACAUGCUUGCGCAUGUGCGAAGUUUGGGUGCCACAGAUAUAAGUACAGUGUACAGUCAUUUCCACAGCGACCAUAUAGCUGGGGCCUCAGCUUUACGGGAAACGAAGAUUAUAGCACACAAGGGCACGUACGAGAGGCUAGUAAAGGAUGAGCAAAAGCUGAGAUACCCUGGUGAAGACGAAGGGCCAAGCAUUGAGGUUGUCCUUCCCAUGGAGACAUACGAGAAGAGCCUCUCAUUUCAAGUCGGCGACAUCAAAAUCGAGCUACACAACUUCCACAUCCAUACCACGGAUUCAACGCUUCUAUUUCUCCCAGAGUCGGGCCUGGUGAUCGCCGGAGAUAUGCUCGAGGACACCGUAACCUACAUUUCAGAGCCAAAGUCUCUUCAUCAACAUCUACGAGAGCUUGAGCGCAUGGCGCAGUGGCCCAUCAAAAAAAUCUUACCGGCGCAUGGAAGUCCGGACCGGAUCAAGGCUGGAGGGUUCGAUAAAUCCCUCAUAUAUGCCACGAUCAGGUAUCUCAAGGCUAUGAACGAACCUAUUGAGGAGCCUGACGCAUGGACAAAGAAACUGGAUAAAGUAGUAAAAGAUGAUUUGGUCGCGGGGAGGUUGGUAUACUGUGAGGCGUAUGAGGGAGUGCACCUGGAGAAUGUUGAAUCCAUGAAGGAGAACCGAGCAGAAAGUGUCGGUAAUCUGACUUUGAAGAGUUGAUAUCAUUCCCCUCGAAGAAUCGUUACUGUCAUAUCAGGUUAUCGCGAUUGCACAUUCCUCUAGGUUGUACUUCAAGUCCUAAAGUCCAGAUGGUAUCUUUGUUGAAUACCUGGUGUUCUCUGACACCUCAGAGAGGUCUAUAUCAC